AUGAUGUUGGGAGAGCAGCAUCGCCGGCGGAGCAGUCCCGAGAGCUCUCGCCGCCGGCGCAAAGAACGCCGGGAUUCCAGAGAGCUGCUUCAAAGUCAGCAGAUUCCAAUGCCUAUGCCGCCCUACCAGGAACGAUCCGAACCAGACCCGACACACACGCGAUCGCGCGCCCUGUCGAGCUCCUCAUCGUCCUCGUCCACCUCCUCAUCACUACUGAAUAUAUCGCGACCGUCGAGGAAGUUUGGGUUGGGCGCAUUCUUCUCUGGAAAUGGCCGGAAACAUCGUCGUCGCGUCAAGAAGAAGCGCAGCAGCCGCUUCUUGCGAUUCGGGAACUCCUCUUCCUCAUCUGUGGGCUCAGACCUCGCCUACGGGAGAGGCUACAUCGACCGUCGCAGGAGUCGUGAAUUCAGUCCCCCAAGUACACAUCGGCCACGAAGGAGUGGUACGGACCAAGAGAGGCCUGCGCCUCCAAAACGUGCGCAGACGGAUGAAGAGAUCAUCGAGCUAGGACGAAAGUUUGCCGAGAUCGCCAGGCAGCAGAACAUCGAAGAUAUCAGAGCUUCUGGGAGAACCCGACCAUCAACACUUGUUGGAGCAGCUUCAGCUAUUAGUCAGUUCCAUCGAACGAGUAGUGGAAACCUGGAGCGAGGAAUUGGGAGCUCUAAGCCAUACCGGCAUUCCUCUCCGGAUGACUCGGAAUGGGAGUCCGCUUCCGAGGACGAGUCAUCAAGCGAGGAUGGCGACUCGGGUCUGGCGUAUGGCUCAGCCAUCAAGCUGCCGAGCAAACCAAGCAACGCCAUUCACCUCACAAGCUCUAAUCAAUACGUCCAGCACGUAAAUUAUGGCAUAUCCAUUGACCGCAACUCGUCUGCGGUUGACCCGAAACUGUUUGGGCCUGUUAAUUCUCUUCGCGGCCAUGUGCAAACCCCAUGUGGAUUCGAGAAGGUCGAUCGGACGACGCUUAGUGAAUCGCGGCAACUUUACGACCCCUCAGUCGCCCCUAGUGAAACUGUGUCAUCCGAAAGCCGUCCCCUACAGCAAGUGUAUCCGGUUCCGACAUCUGACCCGACUCGAUUCGAUGUCGGCCGGGGCUCUGUCGUUUCGGCCCAGCAAGAGUUAACGUCCCGAUCCCGCCCGGCGCCGGUCCCUAUCCAACAACCAAAGCCGAUAGCACCGGUUUCCGCGAGAGUCUUUGAGACGACGGAUACUGACCCGAGGUACUCGCGGCGGACAUCGUCCGGGAGCGUGCUUGCUAAAGCUGCUGUGGCCGGCGUUGCUGGUGCCGCCAUUGGUGCCGCUUUGAGUUCAGAUCGAAAGGAGGAUGACGUCAAGUAUGAGGAACGUCGAGAUUGCGAUGAAAAACGCCGUUCUAGGCACUCAGAACCCCUAAUACCAAGCCUAAUCCCAAGUGAAAGAGACGAUAAACGCAAGAGCCGUGAUGACCCACGGGAUGACCGACAUGCAAAACGCCGAGAGAAGGAACCUGAUGUUGGUCGGGACCAUGAGAGAGAGAAACGUCGCCGAGAGAAGAAAGAGCCUGAGGGCGAUCGUGAAAUCGAGAGAGAGACACGUCGUCGUGAUAAACAUCGGGACGAUGCCGACAGUAUUCUGGAGCGCGAGCGCCGCAGGGAGGAGCGGAAAGAAGAGCGGAAGGACGGCCGGAAGAGUGAUCGCAGAGAGAGCCGCAAGGAGGAACGCCGCGAAGAGAACCGCCCUAUUCGCUCAAUUGAUUCGGAGACGUACAAACGUCUGGAAGGAGCCGACUACCAACCAUCGAAAGAUAUGGUCGACCCCUUUCAAUUUCAAGUUCUUGAUGAUGCCUUCAAGACGCCUGAAUACGCAACGCCGAACCGACCACUAACGCCAAACGUCUUUACGGUCGAGCGCGAACCAGACUUCUCACGUCUGGAAUUCACGGAUGACAAAGAUCAUGCUCCAGAGCGAUCGAGUCGAAGAGAUUCUUACGAGCGAGAGGCCCGUGAUGCGCGUGAAGCCUAUAAAGCUACCGAGCAUGCGACUGCCCCUCUGAGCGGGGCCGCGUUUGCGGCCGCCGCCGCCGUAAUCAUAGCGGAUGAUCGCCGAGGCCGUAGCCGGGGACGCGGUGGUGACUCCAGCUCACGGAACCGAUCCCGACAGGGCGAUUCUCCACCUCGCGUGAGGGACCCUGUCCUGGAAGAUGCCGACAAAACGUUCCGCGAACAAGCCUUGGCUCGCAGAAUUGAAACCGAGGCGAGGCGCUCGCGUAGCAAUUCUCCAGAACCCUCAGUGGUUGACAAGUGGCAACAGCACGACGACUCGCCAGUGAUUGAGAUUGUGACUCCUCCACAGAUGGACCACCCCAAGAAGACGAGUCGCUAUGACAAGCCUGACGCCGAUGUCCGCAUAGACAAUGUCCUAGAACAUCCGGAACAGCUUCAUCGCUUCCAAAUCCCUGACAGUCGAGGUCCGUCGCGCGUCCCCGUGUUUAGCGCCAGAGAUCCUUCUGCUGAGCGAGAGCGGCCCAUGCUCAACAUCGUGUGGCCUACUCCAGUCUCUUCACCAAAGCCAGAGAAGCAGCGACGCCAAGAUGAAUCUGCUCCGGAAUCUAGAAAGAGAGUCGUAGUUGUCACUUCCAAAUCAGAUCCCGACUUCGUCAUAGGUCCCAGAGGCGAAGCGGCUUCGACACCGUCGACACCGACUUCCAAGGUCGUGAGUUGGGGCGAGAACCAGACAAAGCACUAUGUCGUGGAAAGUCCCGAGAGAGAAGAGGACCCAUACUCUGGACGCAAGAUUAUCACCCCUGCCGAAACUGCCCAAUCACGACCUGCAAAGAAGAGCGGCGGUUGGGGCAUGAUUGCAGCCGCUGUUUCUGGGAUUGGCGCUGGAGCGGCCGCUUCGAGUAUCUCAGAUUCCGCCGUAGAUACCGAGAAGGCUCGGCAAAGAGCCGAGGUCAAAGAUCGAGGUACGCCGUCCAAGCGCAGGUCCUCAAUCCAAUACGAUGAUAUCUACGAUAGCCCACCUGUUCCUGGGCCGAAGCCCCCGAGUCCCAGAAGCACACAGAUGCCUGGAGCAUUCGCCGAGGAUCCAGCUUUCAUGGCAAAUAUAGCCGCUGGACUGGAAGGAAGCGGCUUUGACCCCAACAUCGUUAUCAAUGAUGCCAACUUCCACAGGCGAGAUUCGCCACCCGGGAUGGAUGAGCCGUCCAUGAAGUCUCUGGCCGAUUUAGACAUCACCGUCAUUCCUGACACUUCCACGUCACGGGGUGAUCAGGAGUCUGGCUUUGUCCUCGGCGAACUUCCUGAGACUCCCGCAGAGGAAAAGGACAUCUCAACGUACAACUCGGAAAUUUUCUCCAAGCUCACGAAGAAAGAGCGGCGGAAGCAGGAGAAGGCUGGUAAGAGGGAAAGCGUCGACAAGUCUUCAACCGUUGUCACCGAAGAGCCACCAGCGGUCUCAUCACGUUCAGUCGCGGAAGACGAAUGGGCUGUUCCUUCAAGCAAGCUGAGCAAGAAGGGACAAAAGAAGCGUGACAAGGCCGCCAAAGCCAAGGGUUGGCAAGAUGACGACCAAGUGAAUGACAGUAUAGCCUCACCACAACCGGAACCGGAGCCCGCUGAGAUCCCUGCUGUUGACGAGUGGGAAGAUAGCUCUUCGAAGAAGAAGUCAAAGAAGUCGAAGAAAGCCAUUGUCGUUCAAGACGAACCACAAUCCUUUGAGAAUACCGAGAGUUCGCAGGUGUCAAUCCCAGUCGACGCUUUCCAGGAUCUGCAGGACGCCAACGCCGUACUGGCGGAGGACGAAUGGGAUCUGCCGAAGAAAAGCAAGAAGAAAUCUAAACGAGAGUCUGGCACCUUUGAAUCUGGUCCAUCAUCAGUAGUGUCUGUGGAUAGAUCCAGGAAGACCACCGACUCCGACUUUUCCACGGUGCAAGUAGACGAGCGUGACAACGACGAGAUACCGAGUCAAGACUCGUGGGCUUAUGCGUCGCCACCAAGAUCAGUCCCUGCUUCGGAACUUUCCAGAGAAGGCUCCUACAAACUUGUUGAUGCUGACACGAAUGCCGCCCCCGAAGACGAGUGGGAUUUGCCAAAGAAGAGCAAGAAGAAGUCCAAGCGCGAUUCGGGAGCGUAUGAUUCACCGUCAAGAUCCGCUCCGGCUUCCGAGACCUCGGUAGAGAGCUCAAGGAAACCUACCGAGCCUGACUUCGACUCUGGCAUCAAAGAUGAAUGGGACUUGCCAAAGAAGAGCAAGAAGAGCAAGCGCAACUCCGUUGCUGCUGAAUCUCCUUUGCAAUCCACGACUCCAACGGAAGUCUCAGAAGGCAAGUUGGCCAGACGUCAUACGUCUGACGAAAAUCCAGCGGCAAGUAUCGACAAUAAUGACGAUUGGGACAUGCCUAAGAAGUCGAAGAAGAAGUCCAAGCGUGACUCAGGCGCUUGGGAUACCAUGUCUCACUCAGAGCCUGCCACCAGUGAAAUAGUGGAAAGUCCAAAAGAGAUGACAGACCCUUCCAACGACCUGCGCAGCGAAAAGACAGCAGUUGCCGAGGACGAAUGGGAUGUGCCCAAGAAGUCGAAGAAGAAGUCCAAAAGAGACUCGACCACCUACGAAGACUCACCUACACCGUCCGCUUCUCAAUCGGCAGCGCCUUCCGAAGUAUCUGUGGGAAGCUCCAAGAAGAAAUCGAGACGGGAUUCCUACGCCGACUCGCCUUCUAGAUCAGCUCCGGCGUCUGAGAUUGGGAUCGAAGACGCCGAGAAGAAGAGAAAGAAGGAGAAGCGGCGAAGUGCGCCUGGCGGAUUUCCCGACGAUGACGAUUUCCCGGACGAUGAAGAGCCUCCAGAUCGUGGGAGAGAUCCUUUCAAGUUCCUGGACAGCGACGUUACCUCUGUGGUCUCUGAUUCUACUCGCCGUCAUCGCUCAAGCAGGAGCCGUGGUGUGGAUGAAUUCGACGAUGCCAAAUCUGUCGCUUCUGCUCCAGGUGGACCGGAUCGAAAAGACCGGAAAAGUUCGAAGUCGGACAAGGACAAGAGGAGCAGUGGUAGCUCAGGCUUUUUUGAUCGGUUCAAGUCUUCGAUUGGCAUAGCUGAGGAGAAGGAACGCUCACGCUCUCGCAAGCCCGAGGAGGACAAGAAGAAUUCUUUUUUAGAUAAUGCCGGCGCUCUUGGCGCGAGUGCCGGCUUGACGGGCGCUGCGAUUGCUCUCGCAACCCAGGCGUUCCGUUCAAAAGCCACCGAUCCUACAACGGAAGAGGAAGCCAGAAGCAUCCCAACCACUCCCAAACGGCGAUCCAGCUCACCACCAGCGGUGGAAUUCAUUGACCCCGAGAUCGUCGAGAGGGAAAUUCGACCAGCCAUAGACCCCCAAUAUGGCGACCUGUUACCAUUACCUCCAAGUACGCCUGGCUCUACUGUUCCGGUGCUUGGGGACGAUAUCCCUCCUCUGCCUGAGAGCCGACCUGGGACGCCCGAGAAUGAACGCGAACGCCUUUUGUUGAGCGAUAAACCUACUCAUAUCCGCCGCCGUAGUGAUACCUCCUUGAGAGUGAAGACACCUAGCCAGAGUGCUAUCCCUAUCCAGUUCCGCCUAGGACAAAGAACUCCAUUAUCAUCACCAGGAAACUUCAAAUCUUCUCCCAUGGUAUCUCCAACCACGGGAACUUCAGAGCAGGGAAGUGCGUCGAAAAGCCGGUCCCGACCCAUAUCAUGGGAGAGCUCGAAAGCUUUCAAGCCAUUGCUUCUUGUGCAGAAGGCAUCACGAGAGCCUAUAGACACACCUACCUAUUCUCAACAAGAUCUGCCACCCAGCGAGCUCUCUCCCGGAAUGCCGAGGCCUGAAUUGGACCCUUCCGAGGACGAUGAGCAGAGUCUGAGUCGGUCGCCCGCCCUUCCCUCGGGGCAAGGACAAGAAGUCACCCGAACUGAACCUGCGGCGGGAGAGUUUGGCUUGUCGGAAACCACGUCCGACAUUGAAAAGGCGCCUCGUCCCGUCGAGAACAUCGAGGAAUCAUCUGCAACGCCCAAAGAGGAAGAGAACCUGCGUGCAGACGAUGUUCUGACACUUCCAACCCUUCCUCAGAACCGAGAAGCACCUGUUUCCGAGCUGGAGCAGGCCGACGAAGCGGAGUUGCAGAGGCCGUUGGACACUUCCCUUGAGUCUCCCGAACUCCCCCCGCUGAGAUCAAGCGAAGAUGCUUCCGGCGAGUCACCGAAACCCGAGCCGAUUGAUUCCAUGUCCAAGGAUCGGAGCUCCCAUCUCCUCCGGUCCAGCCCCUUGGCUUCUCAGAAGUCCCAAGAUGUCGACCUCUCUGAAGGCUCGCCUACGCUCAGACCAGCCCAGAAAGCCGUGGAUCUGGGUGAGAUUGGAGAGGACAUCCCCGAAGAAGACUUGAAGGGUUCUUCAGUUUCAGCGGCAGCAGCGGGUGUUAUCGCUGGCGGACUGGCUGCUACGGCAAUGCUUGAUCACCAGCAUCGCAACGAGCUCACUGGCAAGCAAGAGAGCUUCAGCUCGCCUUCUCUAGAGACCAAGGAUACAAACUCUUCGGACGUAGCUCUCGAGGGUGGAUUUCCGCAGCCGAACAAUGCUUCUGACGUUGCCAAUAGCGCCGCUCAGGGUAAUGCGGCCGAUGAAUUUAGUUUUCUGCCGGCGAAGAAGUCGAAGAAGGGCAAGAAGGGCAAAGGAAAGUCGACUGAGGUCGAAGACGUCACACCAGUUUUGGCAGGUCCUGAGACUCCCGCCCAAGAGGAAGUCGUACACAGCGGCGAAACUUCAGACCAGGUCCAGAACUCCUCACAGAUUGACGAGGAGGUUGCAACCUCGAAACUCUCGAAGAAAGAGAAAAAGAAGAAAAAGAAGGCGCAAAGCUGGGAACCUGGUCUUGACGAGAGCGCGUCUGCCGAGGCGUUGCCAUCCACUUCACCAACCCUGAAAGCUCGCGAUGAGGAGUUAAUCGACGCACCAGCCCACCAACCUACAGAGGUAGAACUCACAGAGGAACAACCCCCAGAGGUGCAACCCAUAGGUGUACAGCCCACAGAGGAACAAAACCCCGAGGAGGCUACGACUGAUGCUUCUGGCCUCGAAGGAAGUUUGAGCACAUCUUCGAAGAAGGGCAAGAAGAAGAAGAACCGCAAGUCUCAAGCCUGGGAGCCUGAGCUGGACGACCAGCCGAGCGCCACCAUCUCUCAGGAUCUUGAUGUGACUGAAACUUCCACGCAACCUGAUGAGGAUCAUACUCCCCCUAGUGAAAGUCUCGCCGAACCAGUGGAGCACCCUGAGUCUGAGCCUGCACCUGUGUCCCCUGCACCUUUGCUUGAGCGUUCCAUGAGUGUGUCCAAGAAAGGCAAGAAAAAGAAGGGAAAGAAGGUUCCAGCUUGGGAAGAAGAAGACGUUGCACCCGCUACUCCUGGUCCAGAGCCAACACCGGCAGCUGAGGACUCGAUACAAGAGCCCUUCACGCAACCGGAUGAGGAUCAUAUUCCCCCUAGCGAAACUUUCACCGAACCAGUGAAUCAUCCUGAGCCUGAGCUCGGGCCCGAGUCCACUGCACCCUUGCUUGGACGUGCUACGAGUGUGUCCAAGAAAGGCAAGAAAAAGAAGGGAACGAAAGUUUCAGCUUGGGAAGAAGAAGUGGUUACACCAGCCACUCUUGAUCCAGAGACGACACUGGCAGCUGAGAGCCCGAUACUAGAGCCCUUCGCAGAACCUCCUCAUGAAUCGACCGUUGACGCUCAGCCUACUAUCCAAAAUGCGCCGGAAAUCACUACACUCGAAGGGCCACCUGCGACUGAGACUACCUUGGCGGAUGAGCCUGUUUUCACCACCAAGAAAUCCAGGAAAAAGAAAGGAAAGAAGGUGCAGUCUUGGGAGCCGGAGCCCGAACCAGAAGCCGAUAACGACGUGAUGAGCGCACCGGACUCUACAAUGAGCCAACAAGAUGUUCCUUCUACUCAAGUCGAAAGCUCUGUCCCAUCUGAGGAAGGAGGCGAAGCGGUGAAACAGCAAAUCAGCUCAAGACCAAGCAGCUCUGAACCCGGCACGAUGCUUCCAGAUACUGUCCCCAACACCAGCGAGACCGAGGUUCAGCCACCGCAACUUUCGGAUGAGAUGGAGGUGCCUGAAGUGACGCCUCUGGAAGAGCACCGCAAAGUCACCGAGUUCGGCCCUGGAAAUCGGUCAACUUCUCCGGCCAAAAUGUCAGAAACUGGCCCCGGUCCACUGGCUGAUGAACUUCUCGCGUUCGCUCCUACUUCCGAACAGGUUGACACAGUAAAGGAUGAUCAGCCUGGGCUUGAGAUUAGCGCGGUGCAGCCUGCUGCGCAAGAAGAUCCCAAGGCUGACGAGAAUGACACAAUUCCACAAGAUGCCCCCACACUGAUUCACGCCAACCCCUCGACUAGCGACCAAAUGGGUGACUCGAAUGCAUUAGGACAAGAUGACGUGGAAGAGCAACCGCCGAAUCCCAAUUCACCAAGCGGUGAAGACAAAACGGUGCUGGACCCUGUACGAACCGGUCCACCCGGGGAUCCACUUGCCGAGAUCGCCUCCGAGAACCUGCAGGACAACCCAACCCAACCACCCGAGGCGGUGGGCGAAUCCACGUCUUCGCAGCCCGAGAAUAUUUCUGACAAGGCGCCACCUGCUUUGACAAAAGAGCUCGGCCAGUCUGCCGCAGAGGAACCACGAGAAACCACUGACUGGCAAGAGGAAUCUGGCAGCAAGAAGAAGGGGAAGAAGAACAAGAAGAAACAGCAGCAGCAGCAGCAGCGGGAAAAUUCUGAACCAUUCGAAAUUGAGGUACCUUUGGAUCGUUCGGAGCCUGCCGCCGUUGUCCAAGAGCCUGUCUUAGAGGCUGCGAACGUGGACGAUCAACCAAUUGACGUUACGGCCGACAGCGGUGCUGCAGAUAUGCCCCUUCCGGAGGCAACAGAGCCAUCCGGCGACGACUUGUGGCCCGAGUCAACCGGCUUUGGCAAGAAGAGCAAAAAGGGAAAGAAGGGUCGCAAGAGUUCCAACGUCGUUGCUCUGGAUGACGAGCCCAACCCGGCCGGACCAAAUGAUGAGCAGCCGACUGGCCCGGAACCACUCCACGAUGAGGCGCAAAUACCGUCAGAGGUGCAACAGGAGCCAACGGGUGAUGAUCAGUGGGCCGAAACAGCCGGCUGGGGAAAGAAAUUCAAGAAGAAAGGCAAGAAGAAUCGACCAACUUCAGACGCAGUCGCUCUAGCCGAGGAAGGUGAAUCAUCCAAACCUACGGAUGAGCCAUUGGCCGUUGAAACCGCCCUUGACAGCACCCAGCCGAGUGUCGAUCCGAGCUCGGGUCCUUUGGCAAAACCUGAUACGACAGCUGACAACCAGCCGUCGGAAGUUCAACCCGAGUUCGAGUUCAUGGCUAUCAAGAAGAAAUCCAAGAAGGAUAAGAAGAAGCGAGGUUCUUCCCAGAUCGACCUAGACGUAAGUGAACUUCCGACGGAAAUCCCUGAGCCAACCGCGGAGGAACUUCCCAACGAAGAAGAGCAGCCCCAGCCUCCAACCGACUCAGCUCCAGCCAGUAGUGAGACUCCGGUCGAACAGGCAGAUCCCGACACAGAGGACGUCUGGUCGAAUUCGAAAAAGUCGAAGAAGAACAAGAAGCGCCAAAGUCAGUCUCAAGCCGAACGCGAUCUCACUUCUACUGUCAUCGAGACGAACAUAGAGUCUGCACCUGGACAGAGCAGCACAUUGGUAGAACCUGCCCAGACCCCGGACGAAGAUGAUUCUGGCUUCACUUCAACCAACGCCAAGAAAUCAAAGAAAGAGAAGAAGAAGAAGCGCCAGAGUGUUCAAUUCGCCGACCCCGUCGAUGAGCCAAUGGAGACAUCAGCAGGACCCGUCAGCGAGGCUACUACACCCGAGGUAUCUCUCGAGCCUGAACAGCUUACAUCAAUGCAAGAAUCGAACAAAUCGCCCCACGAUGCGAUGAUCAGUCACGAACAGCCAUUCGAUGCAGAUUUGGCCUCGGAUUCAAAGCUUGAUUCUGUCAAAUCCGACGAUCCGUCGGACCAGGUUAUCGAGGACACUGAGUAUAGAGAAACAACUGACGUUACACCCGAGGCCACUGAUGAUUCACAGCCCCGCGAGAUUGCACCUACUUCGGUUCCCGACGAAUCAAUGCCAAUUGAGGGACUCACAAUUCGUACUUUGGAACCAGGAGAUAACCCACCUGAUGCCAAGGCCGAAGCUGCCGAUGAACAAGUCGAUACCUCACUGCCUACUGAUCAACCUGGCCAGGAACAGGACCCUACAGAUUCGGUCAAAGACAAUCCAGAGGUGGAGCAGAUGGCAGAGUCUCACGGUAGUUCUGAUACCAUUGCGCGCGAACCUCCCAGAACUGUGGACGAAGGCGAAACCCAACCAGCCAGCCCUGCUCUUCAGCCUCCUGAGUCUGAUGAGUUGGCUCAACCGAUGGAUGCCACUGUGCCCACCGAUACGCCUCAGACUGAGGAAGCUGCGUCAACACAAGACCCUACGCCAGCCGUCGCUGAUGAAGAAUUCCCCAUUUUCGAGAAGAAGAGCAAAAAGGACAAGAAGAAGCGCAAGAACAAGGGUCAAGAUCAUUCGGAAGCUACGUCAGGGACCACGACUCCCACGACUGAGGCAAAUACCGGUGCUUCAACAGCGGAGCAGAUUGCACCUUCUUCCUCUGAAAGCCCGCCUACCGUCGACCCAGGUCCCACAGAUGCCAUCCCAAGUACUGACCCGGAGUCAAAGGCCAUAGUAGAUGAUCCACCGCAGGAAGACGACUUUCCCGGCUUUUCGACCAAGAAGAGCAAGAAGGAUAAGAAGAAGAACAAACGUGGAAGUAAGAUCCAGGAAGCCGCGCCCGUUGCCACACAAACUGAAGAUGUUGAUAACCAGCGGCCUCAGUCGCCAGUCCAGAUCGCGAGUCAUAUUGAGACCAUGGAACCGUCCGGCCUGCCAGAAACUUCGACCCAAGAGCCUGAUUUGCCACAGCCUGAAGACCAUCAGCUAUCCUCAUCCGUCCACGAAGCGAGCCAGGUGACCACAGAAUCAUUAGAUCCACUAGGUUUCCCAACACAGGACUCCGAAUCGCAACCGCCGGCACCUCUAGAUACACCCGCUACCACUCAAAAUGAGGACCAACCGCCGCCAAGCCAAGACGAUCAUGGAGAAUCUGUGGAAUCCACGAAGCCUGGGCCGGAAACCAUGCCAGAAACGGACAUUGUCAGGGAGGAGUCCCAUGACGAAGAUGGAACACGUCAGCUUGACAAUUCCACCGAAACUGCCGAAAACGAAGAACCCACCGCCGAGCCAUCUGGGGAAGAACAGCCUUCAGACUUCAUUGUUACUCGCAAAUCCAAGAAAGACAAGAAAAAGAAGCGCGGUACCCUAGUGGAUGAUGAUAUCUCGCCAAAGGACCCGGACGUGUCAGAGCCAGCCCCUGAAACUGAGACGCCUGUCACUGAAGGCUUGUCCGGGGCUGUAGAGGGUAUUAGUGAGGAUGCGGAAGCAGAAAAACCAGCACACAGUACCAUAGAAGAACCUCAGUCUCUCAACGAAGCUACCGCAGACCCCCAAGAAGCUUCCACUGCAGACAAGGACUUUGCUGUGGAGCCAGAAGCCUCUGUUGAAACUUCUGCCAAACCAACUGAGCCUCUUGCUGAUCAGGCAACUGCGCUCAACGAGCUUGAUACGCAACUUUCUGAGUGGGCCCCAACCAAGAAGGGCAAGAAAGACAAGAAGAAGAAACGAGCAAGCACAUGGGGUGACGAGGUACCGCAGCAAGAGACAGAGCCACAAGCCCCCGCGACAGCCGAUGCACCAACCGUGAACGAACAAGUAGAGGUCGGCACUUCAGCUGCACUUGAGAGCCCCAAGGAAGUGGAGACCGCUGAAUUCGUUUCAACCAAGAAGAGCAAAAAGGACAAAAAGAAGAAACGAGCCAAUCUCUGGGAUGAGGAGGUGCCGCAAGAAGAUCAAAGUCAGCCGCCUGCAGAUACCACGACGGCGAAACCGGAACAGCUUAAGACGGAUAACCCGACAGCACUCGAGCUCAACAAAGACGAGGACAGCGCAAGCUUCGCUCCUGCUAAGAAGAGCAAGAAGGACAAGAAAAAGCAACGAUCGAGUCUAUGGGAAUACGAGUUGCCUCAGGAUGAGCCAAGUCAGACAUCUGCGGAACUUGAUGUUACUCCCGAAGUCGGCGGCCCAGUCGAGGUUGAAACUCCUGUACCUGAGUCUUCAAAAGAUAAGGACUUCGAAAGUUUCGCUCCUGCCAAGAUAAGCAAGAAAGACGAGAAAAAGAAACAAGCAAGCUUAUGGGAUGACCAGUUGAUCUCACAGCCAGAGCCAAGUCAAGAAGCAGCCGAAUCUACUAGUGGAGCAACUCCAAACGAACAAGUUGACGAACCCCCAGCAGUCGUCGAAAACUCAAGGGAGGAAGACACGCUGGGGUUCUAUUCUGGCAAGAAAAAUAAGAAAGACAAGAAGAAUAAGCGAGCCUCUACCUGGGAACCCGAACCUGAGCUUCCAACUUCACGCCAGCUAGAGCCAGAAGCAGAAGCAGAGCCGGAGACAACGACACAGACUUCCCAUCAAGAAGUCAUCGAUACUGCAGACAUUGGCAUUUUUGAGCCCCAGCCUUCACUGAGCACCCACGAUCUGAGUCUUGCAGAAGCAGGGCUCUCGGUUGGUCAGUCUGGCAUACCACUAGCGUCCACUGGUGGUGUUGGUGAAGUACCAGCCUCUAUUGUGCCAGACACCUUGUCUCUCGCCGAGGAAGGCCUCUCAACUGAGCGUUCUGUUGAGCCCGCUGAGCAGGACAUCGUCAGAGAACCUAGCCCUGAUGCCAGUGCUCGAACAUUGGAUCCUCCCGACACUGAAGGAACCACAGCGAUGCCGACAAUAGAGGAGCCCAUUGUCACAGAUACACAACAGGAAGACAGCAACGUAUCACUCAACAAGCUACCCGAGGAUAUCGCCCCGACCCCUUCUUCUGGGGAGCAGCAAGCCAACACUUCGAUGGAGGAAGCAAAAUCUCCCCAUCCGGAUGAGCAACCUGAGUCAAAACUGGACAUUGUCAGUCAUGACCACCUGCCGUCGCAAGAGCUUGCUCCAGUCCAGACUGAGGAACAGCCAGCCGACUUGGAUGAAUGGGCACCGGGCACAAGCAAGAAGUCGAAGAAGGGCAAAAAGAAGAAAAAGAAGCAAGCUAGCCAACUCGAUUUGGAGCCCGAAGCGGAGAUCGCUACACCACUCGAGGAGCCUCAGGCGCAACUGCUAUCGUCGGAGGCUCCUGCUGAGGAUGCUGACGAGAGACCUGACGAGCAGCCUGCUGUCGAGGAAACUGCUGUCGAGGAAACUGCUGUCGAGGAAACUGCUGUCGAGGAAACUGCUGUCGAGGAAACUGCUGUCGAGGAAACUGCUGUCGAGGAAACUGCUGUCGAGGAAACUGCUGUCGAGGAACCUGCUGUCGAGGAGCCUGUUGCCGAGGAACUAAGCAGAAUUCCAGGAGACACGGCAAUUGCUGAAGAAGAGUCCCCGGCAUUUCUUUCGGGCAAGAAGGACAAGAAGGACAAAAAGAAGAAGCGAGCUAGCCAAUUGGAUUUGGAGCCCGAAGCGGAGAUUGCCACACCACUCGAGGAGCCACCCCAACCACAACUGCUAUCGUCGGAGACCCCUGCUGAGGAUGCUAGUGAGAGACUUGACGACCAGCCUGCUGUUGAAGAACCAGGCAAGAUUCUAGAAGACACAGCAAUUGCGGAAGAAGAGUUCCCUGCGUUUCUUUCGGGCAAGAAGUCCAAGAAGAAGAAGCGUCAAAGUCAAGUUGACUGGGAAGUUGGCGCGGAAGGUGAACUGCCCCAGCAGGAUCCCCAGCAACCGCACCAGCCCGAGUCAACUUCACCAUCCGAUCCCCAACCCGAGAGUCAGGCUGCUGUGGAAGACACUUCAGCGAUAGUAAAAGAUGUGGCAGAGCCGGAGGAAGCUUCCCUGGGAAUCGAUUCUAGCAAGAAGUCGAAAAAGAAGAAGGGAGUUGUCCAAUUCGACUGGGAGGAGGCGUCAGGAACUGUGACCCCCUCCCAGUCUCAUCCAGAGCCAUUACUACCCGACGAACCUCCCACAGAAGAAUCACCACCGCAACUCGCUGAUCAGCCUACUGUGGAAGAACAUGCAGCAUCAAGGGACGGAGCGGACGCGGAGGACCUCUUCCCUGGAUUCGCUCCCACCAAAAAGUCCAAGAAGGAGAAACGAAAGUCAAAGAAGUUGCCCGAUAUCGAAUCCGUUGAGCCCGAACUUCCUGUCGAAGUCGAAACACUUGCCGGGGAUGUCGCACCAGACCAAGCGGAGCAAAGCCGCGAGCCUCUUCUGGAAUCGGUCUCCGAAAGUCCCAGAUCAAAGAGCCCUAUCCGAGACAUCCAGGACUUCGCGGGGAUCCCCGAGAUCCCCGAGUCAACGGAUCAACCGUCAGCAGUUGAGGCCUAUUCUGAAACGACUAAAGAUCUCCAACAGGGCGUCUCUGAAUCGGAAGCCCUCCAAACUGAGCCCCUUGACGAAUCAAUGCGGGAUCCGACCGCAAAUAUCAACACGUCUGCAAAUGUAUCGAACAAUGUCCAUGCCCCUCAGCCGUCACAGGAUCCGCCAGUCAGCAGUCAAGCAGAUAGUAGUCUUCCCAGUCAAAACCCUCCCGAAGUCCCGGUUGAAGAGUUCCCUGAGUUCUCUACCAAGAAGUCCAACAAGAAGUCCAAGAAAAAGGGCAAAAAGGCACAAAUACUUGGUGCCGCUGAAAUAGAGACUCAGAAGCCUUCCGACAUCGAGAAAGAGGAUGAGGCAGCAACGCUCACGGCCGCGGUAGCGCCAGAAGACCACAAACAGGUUGACAUUCUUGGCGAUGACGAAUCAAAUGACUUGCCCAUGGUGACCAGUGGCUCGUUGUCAACCGAUCAACAAAAUGACAAGGAUGCAUCACCUUCGAAGGAGCCGGAAGCGGAGGCGGAGGCAGAACCAGAACUAGAGCUGUUUCCUGUCUCUCUCAAGAAGUCGAAGAAAGACAAGAAGAAGAAGAAGGCCGGCACUCAAUUGAAUUCGGAGCCAACAUCGGGGACGCAGACGCCAGCAGUACAAGACAUAAGCGUCAGCGGUGAUUUGAGCGAAAGCAUCCCACCUCUGUCAACGAUAAAGGAACCAGAGGCUGUCGAGAAUGAGUGGCCUGAUUUCAACACCAAGAAGUCCAAGAAAGACAAGAAGCGGCGAAAGGCAUCUGGCACGUCGACGCCACUAGAGACUUUUCAAUCCUUCUCUGGCGACCCCGUCCCUGAAGAAUCUCAAGAACAACCAAGCCAGGAGCAACCCACUCUUGAGGAGAUAUCAGACGUAGGAGGACAGACCUCCAAGGCUAAGGAUGUCUGGGAGGAUGACAAGUUCUUCAAGCCCAAGGAACAAGUUGAUGCUAUCAAGGAACCCAUCACGCAUCAACUCAAUUCGCCUGAACCGCGGGAGAAUAUUCCAGAUAUUGUUGAGCCCAUCGAGCCCGUGUCUCACCCUCGCACCCCUUCGCCGAAUCGCCCAUUGUCUGUCGUUGUCGAUCUGUCACCAGCUCAGCUAAGCAGCCACGUCGAACAUGAACGUCCGUUCGACCAAUCAACACAGCCGGGCAAGAAGGUCCGGACUCAACUGGCUGAGGAUGACUCUGUGGUUCCGGAGCCUCUUUCUGCCCCGAUGGCCGAGUUUCCCGAUCCCAACGUAACAGACCUGAUCCACAACGUUCCGGAGAGAGCACCGAUGCAAGCCUCUGAAGCUUCACCAAGCAAACCGGACUCUAUUGAAGAAGACGCACCAUCAGCUCGUGAGGUCGCAGCCACGCUUUUGGAGUCGCGUCCAGGCAAAUCCGACAAAAAGAAAAAGUCCAAGGGCGGGGACUCAAAGGACGUCGAGACGGCUAUCACUGCCGCUGCCGCUGCUGGAGGGUCUGCACUCCUAGCAGAAACGUCUGGUGGUUCUAAGAAAGGCAAAGGCAAGAAGAAGCUGAAGUACGUCGACAAGAGGACGCCCAACGAGGAUGAUAUAUUCGACGACCCUGCCCUUUGGGAAAGCUCCGAGCGUAAGCCGCUGGAAGAGGGUAGCAGAAUGGAUGAUGACGCCGGCGACUUCUGGACUGGCCCGAGCACAGACGCUGGAGAUCAUCCCGGAGAUUCAUCUUCGGGGCCAACGGAUAUUGCGAUCUUGGACGACAAAGCAGCUCCGCCACACAUAUCUACCGAAGCUGUACAUGCUGAAAGCCCAGUAGCUGGAAGAGGCAUCGCACAUAAUUUGCCAGACCCGCAUAUUGAACACCAGCAGCCUCCAAUGCCAAGGGAGCCGGCAACUUCAGAAAUCAUCGACAAUCUGGAUGACCUGGAUACAUCAGAGCAUCUUGAUCAGAGACGCGAUUCUCUUUCCCAUGAACCUGAACAGUCAACUAUCCCGACAAGAACGCACGAUUUUCUGGAUCACGGCCGUGCUUCACCUCGUAUUCUCCCACCUGUGGAAGAAGAGACUCAUGAGGAUCUCGAAAAUGAGUUUCGAUCCAGCGCUCAAGACACUCCCAGCAAAUUCAUGGCAAGUCCAGAAGUGAACAGAGACAGUGGGUUUGUGCCAGAUUCACCUCAUCCUCUGCGACGCAGCCUCAUCGACGAGCCAGGGCUGCGUGAUAGCGGCGUACACAUGCGUGAUUGGCCUGAGAGCACGCCUAAGAAAGGAGAAAGUCCCUCUGGUUCCGAAGAGUCGGGUGCUAGACUUUCGUGGCCAACUGGCGAAAACGAAGGCAGUGGAUCACGUACACCAAGAGGCGAUGAAAAGCGCUCUAGACGAUCACUGUUGGGCAACGAAACACCAAGACUGGGCACGCCAGCACGUCACGGUCAAGACGGCUGGGCUGAGACGCCUGAAAACCAGACGACGGAUCCCAAGAAGCCCCGUUCAGCCAAAUAUCAAGAUUUGGGGCGGGCAGCUCUGGCUACACCGCAGCGGUCGGAACAGAGGAGCUUCUCGGACAACAUCAGUCGCGAAUCGAGCCCACGGGCGGAGAGGCAGGGAAGGAGGUCGGCGUCGAACACGAGCAUCUCGCGACUCAGGACGCCGGAGCCGCUUAAACUCCGGCCUGACAGUCCAGGCAGCCACACCAGCCAUAUCAGCCACAUAAGCCACAGCGGGCGUUCCAACGCCACUAGUACCCCGCCCCUCCGCCGCGUGGAUAAGCGAAUGAGUGGAGAUUUGCGAUCGCUCAACCAACCAACGGGGUCCAACCCCAACCUCUCCAGCCUGUCCCUGUCGGAGGCGGUGUCCAGCGCCAAACUCGACAAAGACAAGGACAGAGACAGAGACAGACACAACACCACGCCCGUCGCCAACGAAGGCCGUGUCCGCGCCAAGGACAUGACCGACGUAUAUGAUGGCCUAGGCGAAGGCCGCAUUGGCUCUCCACGGUCGCCGACGAGACCCCAUAGUAUGCGCCGGCGACAGAGCAUGCAGGUACUGGAACUCGAAUCCAAGGUCGAACAGCUGAUCGCCGAGAACCGCUCACUCGCCGAUGCACGCGCCCAAGCCGAGCGCAACCUGUCACAGCGCACUACCUCUGCUAUCAGCGAGCGCGACGCCGAAAUCGAAAACCUCAGGGCCUCGUUGGACUGGCUGCGCAACGAAGUCACCCGCUUGACUGAGGUGAAUGAGGGCCUUCACAGCGCCAACAACCUCCUCGCGCUUCAGCACAACGACAAGUACGGCCGACUCGAGACACAGCAUGCAUCGGCAGCCCGGGAACUGGAAGAGCACCGAGGCGCAAGAGGCCAGUACACCAGGACCCUCCAAGAAAAGGAUGCCGAGAUCGAAGAGCUUCGCAACCAGCUUGAGGCCGCCAAGGGGCAGAUCCGGGAAAUGCAAAAGCAGAUCCUUGCUGCCAAACCUCCCGAUGCCGAGUUCCUCCGACUCAAGGACGAGGACCACUUCGAUCACCGCUGCCAGCAGCUGUGUUCUCAUGUCCAGCAAUGGGUCCUGCGCUUCUCCAAGUUCUCUGAUAUGCGCGCUUGCAGGCUUGCGAGCGAGAUCAACGACGAGAAGAUCAUCGACCGACUCGACAACUCCAUCUUGGACGGAUCCGAUGUCGAUAAAUUCCUCAGCGACCGAGUGAGGCGUCGCGACAUUUUCAUGUCCAUGACCAUGAACAUGAUCUGGGAGUUUGUUUUCACCCGCUACCUUUUUGGUAUGGACCGGGAGCAAAGACAAAAGCUCAAGUCUCUUGAAAAGCUCCUGACCGAGGUGGGGCCGCCUCAGGCCGUUCGUCAAUGGCGUGCGGUGACCUUGACCCUUCUGUCCAAGCGGCCAGCAUUUGGCGAUCAACGCAACCAGGACACAGAGGCUGUAGUGCAGGCCAUCUUCCAGACACUGUCGAUGAUCUUGCCGCCACCAUCAAAUUUGGAAUCUCAGAUCCAAUCGCAACUGCGACGUGUCAUGCGUGAGGCUGUCGACCUGUCGAUUGAGAUGCGUACCCAGCGCGCCGAAUACAUGAUGCUCCCGCCUCUGCAGCCCGAGUAUGACGCAAAUGGCGAACUCACCGAGACGGUGACUUUCAACGCCUCGCUUAUGAACGAGCGAUCUGGCGAUUCAACCUCUAAUGAAGAACUCGAGGCCCAGGGUGCUGUUGUGCGCUCUGUGCUGUUCCCCUUGGUGGUCAAGAAAGGGGAUGACAGCGGAGUCGGAGACGACGAAAUCGUGGUCUGUCCGGCUCAGGUGCUAGUGGCCAAAGCACGACACUCCACCAGGAUGGUGACCCCUUCAUCGGAGGCCGGGGGUGUACCGCUCUCAAGAGGCGCCACCCCCUCUGCCUUUGGCCAGAGCACAAUGAGCGUCAACAUGACCGAUGCCCCUCUCCCGUCGGAAGGCGGCAUAUAG